AUGUCCUUCCAACUCACUGCCGGCAUCUGCGCCCAGCUCAACGACCCCUCCAAUGAAAACACUCCGGUCUUUGAGUCCCAGCCCACGCUCCAGCUUCUCUCCUUCAAGCAGGUCGGCCCCACAGGCGGUUCCGCAACAGACCGUUACCGCGUGAUCGUCUCGGAUGGAGAACACUUCCUCCAGUCCAUGCUCGCAACUCAACUCAACUACCUCGUGCAAGAAGAACAGAUUGCGAAGGGGGCGAUUGCGGUCAUCGAGAAGUUCACCGUGAAUUUCAUCCAGAACAGGCGCCUCCUGAUCAUCUUGGCUCUGCAAAUCAUUGAGAGAUCAUAUGACAAGAUCGGUAGCCCAAAGCCUCUCAAACCUGUUGGCGGCGAUGACGAUGGUGAAGGAGCCGCAGCACCCGCCGCCGCAACACCAGGACCUUCGUCAUCUACCGUUGUUGCCGCUGCCGCUCAACCCACCCGUCCGACCACGCAGGCCGCGCGUGGGGGCCGUGCAGCAUCCAUAUAUCCUAUUGAGAGUCUCAGUCCGUACCAAAACAACUGGACCAUCAAGGCCCGUGUCACCAAUAAAUCCGACAUCAGGACGUGGUCGAACCAGCGCGGUGAAGGCAAGCUGUUCAACAUGACUCUGAUGGACGAGAGUGGGGAGAUCAGAGCGACUGCGUUCAACGCUGCCGUCGACCAGUUCUACGACCGCAUUCAGGAGGGCAAGGUCUACACCAUCUCUAAGGCGAAGGUCAACCUCGCGAAGAGGAAGUUCUCGAAUGUGAACAACGAGUAUGAGCUGACGUUGGAGCGCAACACUGAGAUUGAAGAGGUUCACGAUGCGACAGACGUCCCCACUGUGAAGUUCACUUUCGUGACUAUCGAAGGGCUUCACGAGGUGCCCAAGGAUGCUACAUGCGAUAUCAUUGGUGUCGUCAAAGAUGUCGGUGAACUUUCCUCCAUCACGUCCAAGGCAACGAGCAGAGUGAUUCCUAAGCGCGAGCUCACGCUCGUUGAUCGCACAAACUACUCGGUCCGCUUAACGCUGUGGGGCAAACAGGCUGAACAGUAUGAUCAGACGGAUCAGCCCGUUAUUGCUUUCAAGGGUGUCAAAGUCGGAGAUUUCCAAGGUCGCUCCCUGUCCAUGGUCUCAUCGAGUACUAUGGUUGUGAACCCUGACAUCCCCGAAGCACAUCAUCUCCGAGGGUGGUUUGACGCCACGGGUUCUGAACAAACCUUCCAAGCACACACGAACACCAUGUCUUCUGGCGGAGGCGGAGUGGCGUUCGACCGUGCGGAGAUUCGCAAUCUCAAUGAUGUCAGGACCAGCGAACUCGGGAUGUCCGACAAACCUGAUGUGUUUUCGUCUCGCGCCACGGUUUCUCAUAUCAAGUCUGACAACAUUGCAUACCCGGCAUGCCCUACUACGGGCUGUGGAAAGAAAGUGAUUGAGAUGGGCGAUCAAUGGAGGUGCGAGAAGUGCGACAAGUCGUACCCACAGCCCGAGUAUAGGUAUAUGAUCGCUAUGGCCGUCGUCGACUACUCAGGUCAGGCGUGGUUCCAAGGUUUCAACGACGUCGGGCAGGCGCUCUUUGGGAUGACCGCGGACGAGCUUGUCGAGAUCAAGUCCCGCGACGACACCAAGUUCAACCAUGUCAUCGAAAAGGCCGCCGGGACGACCUUCAAUUUCGCGUGCAGGGCAAAGCAAGAUACCUACAACGACACCACACGCGUCCGCUAUGGCAUCUCGCGCAUCCAACCGCUGAACUACCGCGAGGAGGCCCAGUACUUGGCAAAUCUGUUAUGCACCUCCGAUUGGGGCGGUAGAUGA